UUGCUCUUCACAUUCAUGGCUGAGUCAGCUUCGGAUGAUCCUACCAAAUGGUUUGCCUGCAUCCUGAAGGACAGUGUCACAGAAACACUGCCAAUGGUGAAUAUGUCAGGAGCAAUUUCUGGAUAUUCCUUCAAGCAAUGCCCUCAUCAAUUAAGUGCUUGCAGCAAAGACGUGUAUGUGGACCUAGACAUGAAGGGCAUGAACUAUAACAGUUCUGUUGUGAAGGAUGCUCGGGAAUGCCAAGAGAGAUGCACAAGUGACGCCCACUGCCACUUUUUCACAUACGCAACAGGGCGUUUUCCCAGUGUGGCGCAUCGUAAAACUUGUCUUUUGAAGUACACUCAGCCGGGGACACCAACCAGAAUAACAAAGCUCAGUCACGUGGUAUCCGGAUUUUCCCUGAAGUCCUGUGGACUUUCUAACUUGGCUUGCAUCAGGGACAUUUUCCCUAACACGGUGCUUGCAGACCCCAACAUUGACAGCGUGCUGGCCCCAGACGCCUUUGUCUGUCGGCGGAUUUGUACCCAUCACCCCAGUUGUCUGUUUUUUACAUUCUUUUCCAAAGAAUGGCCAAAAGAAUCUCAAAGAAAUCUUUGCCUCCUUAAGACAUCUGAAAGUGGAUUACCAAGCUCACGCAUUGCAAAGAGCAACGCCCUUUCUGGCUUCAGUCUCCAGCAUUGCAGGCAUAGCACCCCAGUAUUCUGUCAUCCGUCCUUUUACAAUGACACCGAUUUCUUGGGAGAAGAAUUGGACAUUGUUGAUGUGAAAGGCCACGAAACCUGCCAGAAAAUGUGUACCAACGCCGUCCGCUGCCAGUUCUUUACCUAUUCCCCGUCUCGAGGGUCUUGCAAUGAAGGCAACCAUAGGGGCAGAUGUUACUUAAAACUUUCUUCGAAUGGAUCUCCAACUAGGAUACUUCAUGGGAGGGGCGGCAUCUCUGGAUACACAUUGAGGUUGUGCAAAAUGGAUAAUGUGUGCACAACCAAAAUUAAGCCCAGGAUUGUUGGAGGAACCGCAUCUGUUCACGGUGAGUGGCCAUGGCAGGUGACCCUACACAUCACCUCGCCUGUCCAGGGACACCUGUGUGGAGGCUCCAUCAUUGGAAACCAGUGGAUACUGACAGCUGCUCAUUGCUUCUCUGGGGCAGAGACAUCUAAAAACCUGCGUGUCUAUGGCGACAUUGUAAAUCAAUCAGAAAUAAAUGAAGAUACUACUUUCUUCAGGGUUCAAGAAAUAAUAAUCCAUGAUCAAUAUAAGAUGGCAGAAAGUGGGUAUGAUAUAGCCCUGUUGAAACUGGAAUCAGCCAUGAAUUAUACAGAUUCUCAGCGGCCGAUAUGCCUACCUUCUAAAGGAGACAGGAACGUACUGUACACAGAGUGCUGGGUGACCGGAUGGGGGUACACCAGAUCACGAGGCAAAAUACAAAAUUCUCUCCAGAAAGCUAAGGUACCAUUGGUGUCAAAUGAAGAAUGUCAGACAAGAUACACAAAGCAUAAAAUAACCAACAAGAUGAUCUGUGCAGGAUAUAAAGAAGGGGGGAAGGAUGCAUGCAAGGGAGAUUCUGGAGGGCCGCUGUCCUGUAAACACAAUGGGGUCUGGCACUUGGUGGGCAUCACCAGCUGGGGUGAAGGCUGUGGUCAAAAGGAAAGGCCAGGUGUCUACACCAACGUGGCCAAGUAUGUGGACUGGAUCUUGGAGAAAACUCAAACGGCAUGAAAGAGUUCA